UUUGCUUGCUAAGACCACACUUUUUUUCCAUUUGUAAUUAUCUUGCUCUGACAGACAAUCAGUGGUCAUUUUAAGGUCAGGUAUACACGCGAGGCUGUAUCAUAUUGACCGAAUAAACUGCACUUUGAACAUGUUGAAGGCUAAUUUAAAACAACGGAAAUGGACAACCGGGAGAAGUAAUAUUCACCAAUGAUCAAGAUAAAAGGAGUGGAACUUCCAAUACCCAAUUUAACAACUGCAAUAUAAUUUUAUCACAAACUCUUAAUUACUAUGGGUUAAUACCUCUAUCGAUUUACGACUGUUGGCGAAGGACUAGAUGCUCUGCAUGACUUCAGGCCAGGUAUAGCCCUUAGUGACGGCGAGAUGGAAAGCAGACAUGGCAAUCAGAAAAUUGAAGAGGAGAACAAUGGGGACUCCGACGCCCGGAUCGGUGUCGAUGAUGAACACGAAGUGAAGCUUGAACGCCGGCUUAGUCUCCUGGAUGGCACCAUGAUCAACAUCGGUGUCAUCAUCGGAUCCGGAAUCUUCAUUUCACCAAAGGGUGUCCUGGCCGGUGUCGACAGCGUAGGCGCCACCUUGUGUAUCUGGCUGGCUGGCGGUGUCUUUUCUGUCUUCGGCGCUAUUUGUUACGCCGAGCUAGGUACGAUGAUCCCAGCAUCGGGAGGCACUUACACCUAUGUCAGGGUAAUCUUCGGAGACCUUUGGGGAUUCCUAAGCUGUUGGUCUCUUACAUUCUUUUCUUCAUCUAUCGCCAAUGCUGUAAUUGCGUUGAUGAUUUCCAAGUACUGCCUUGAGCCAUUUUACCCUGAUUCGGAAUGUCCGCCGCCAAGGGUAGCCGUCAAACUUAUCGCCGUUGCAGCCGUUCUGUUCAUCACGUUUGUGAAUUGUUGGGACGUGAAGCUCUCGUCCCGUCUCCAGAACGUGACGUCGUUCACCAAACUUGUCGCUCUCGGCGUCAUCAUCGUCAUGGGGUUGGUCAAACUCGCGAACGGACACACCGAAAACUUUCAAAACCCUUUCGCAUCGACAAACAUCCAAGGACUUGCGCCAGCGUUCUACUCUUGCCUCUUCUCUUAUACGCAGGUUGGCAAAGUCUAAAUUCAGUCGUAGAAGAACUAAAGAACCCUUCCAGGAACCUUCCAAUCGCCGUCUUAGUUCCUCCUACUGUGGCAACUGUUGUAAAUACCCUUGCCAAUGUUGCAUACUUUGCCGUACUCUCCUCUUCGGAACUACUGCGUUCUGACGCCGUUGCAGUCAGUUUCGCCGAGCAGGCCCUUGGGAAAUUUUCUGCCGUUGUAUACAUAUGCGUUGUACUGUCCUGUAUCGGUUCUCUCAACGGGUGCAUCAUAUCGCAGUCAAGAUCGUACUUCGUAGGCGCCAGGGAAGGCCAUCUCCCACGGUUUCUCGUCCAAGUUGGGAUACGUCACAAGACGCCACUCCUUUGCGUCGUCACAUCGUCACUUGUAACAAUCGCACUCUGUUAUGUUGAUAGUAUUUUCUUGCUCAUUAACGUCUCCCGCUUCCUGAACUGCUUCUUCUUUGGACUGUUAGCCAUCGGGAUCCUGUACCUUCGAAUCAAGGAACCUGAGCGACCAAGAUCUUUUCACGUCACCUUCAUCAUCCCUGUUAUAUUCCUGAUGAUGUGCUCAUUUCUGACUGGGUUUUCCUUCUGGGGAGCACCCAUGGAUUCGCUCAUUGGCGUAGGGAUUAUCUUAAGUGGGAUACCGCUUUACUAUAUCAGGGGUCGAUGUGUCAUCCGAGCCCCGUGGGUGACGCAUCUUUAUCGACACACAAUUGCUUUCCUUCAAAAGGUAACGUUUGUUUCCCCUGAAAGAAUCAACCAAUGACGUCGCGUCGGCUUGUGUCAGUUCAAUUAAAUCCACACCAUAUCAGAAAUGAAUAGACUGGUUGAUAAGAUCGGAAAAGACUGAUUCUAUAAACUCAUUUUCAAGUGUUUUCUUACAUGGACGUUUCAUUUUCAGGACCCUUUAUUCUUCACCAUAUUAAUUUCACCUACUGUUAGCACAUAUGUUUUGUUUAUAAGUCUCAACACAUAUUUAUAAACGUUUUACUUUAGAAAAUAAAUGUCUUCUACGUUGCUUAGAUUUUGUAUCCCCCUUCAAAAUAGGGAGGGGGAAGAAAGGGUGAUCAGCCGCGUAUCUACAACAACGUAACCGAGAGGCUAUUUGGCGGGCUAGAGGUUUGACGCCCCCCCCCCCUCCCCUGGCCCCCACAUCGUGUUAUAAGAGAUUCGAAAAUGAAAAACAGAGAAGAGGAAGUAGGAGAAAGCAACAACAACAAAACCGAAUGGCGGAGGAGAGGAUCAAUCAUGCCAUUAUCUAUUGUCAAUUCAAUCACAUUCUGCCAAUCAAUAGGUCAUUGGACGUUGUAUCCAAAUAUAGUGUGAUCUCAAUAGACCAGUUCGAAGUUACUCAUGUACAAUUUUCGGUCUUAAUGACCUUUCAUUUCUUUCAUUAUGAUAGGCAGAUUUCAGAGCAAAAUAUUACGUAAGCUUGCCUUACAUAGCAGGAUGAAGAAAUUGAAUAGACCAGGUGACUAGAAUAGCACACCGAUGAACACUUUAUGAAGGUAUUUGUUGCAUUCCUACUUUGAAUGCAUAUCAUAGCAUGUUGCACAAUGUACUUGGCAAACUGUGGAAACCAUGCAGUCGUUCGUGGACGCGUUGUUGUUUUUUGUGGAUGUAAAUGAAAACCACAAUUCAAAAGAAUAUAUGAAUAAUCAAGACAUCAAAGUUGGUGCUUAUCUCAUUAGAUUUUAAACCACCAUGUCACUUUAGUACAAAUGACCUUCCUCUGAUCAUGCGUAGAACCGAUCGUUUGAUCAUGCGCAGAAAGGAACUACGAACUGGUUUAUUCUAAAACAGCCCAACAACUUUGCUUGCCUGAUUUCUUUCACUGUCACCAUCCUGCUUCAUGUAUUUUCUUGUCUCUCACGCAACAUGUUAUGGCUAAGGUUAGAUUCCCCUUUAAGGCAUCAUAUCAAACUUACACUCCAAAUGUAAAAGAGCUAAUGUGACUGACGGUCCCUAAAUCAUACUCCCCUCAGCGUGAGACGAGGGACCAGUCGUUUGGGAGUGGGAUUUACAUCCUUUGAGAGUGCAUUAUAUAGCUCCUUCUGGAGUGAACAGUGUAUAUAUAUAUAUAU